AUGCCACCAAAGAGAGCUUCACGGGCAAAGGCCUCUGCCAGCAGCAAAGACACCGAAGGUCAGGACGUGGUCAUGAAGGGUCAUACCCCUGCAGUCACCGUCGAAUCAGCAGCAGAGGAAUCUAAUAAAACAGCAGCCGCUGAUGGAGACAUCACGGCGAUUGUUAAGCGAUCAGUCAAGAGGACGCGGGAGCUCUUUGCCGAGGACCAGGAGAAUAUCUACAGCACAACUACAGAGGAUCAACUGAGCCAGCGCGUCAAAUUGCAGUCCAAGAUCCAUGACGAAUACAAAGACAUUCAAGUCCUCCCACACCCACUCUUGAUGCGACAGAAGGAGCAGCUGGAAAAAAAGAAGGCCAAGACAGGAUCAGUCAUUGCACCAGGACCAUCAGCAACAGCAGGGGAUGUUGACAGUGGCGUAGAGAAGAUCCUCGACACUCUUCCUAAGAAGACUUCACAGCAGUCAAAUGCAUUGGUGAUGCACAAACCAACAAUCCAUAAUCCCUUCCCGGAUGCACCGGGUGGAGGCACUUCGUUGGUCAGAAGACCUGUCGCCAAGGCGAUCCGUCCAGAGUGGCAUGCUCCCUGGAAGCUGAUGAGGGUCAUCUCGGGACAUCAGGGGUGGGUCAGGAGUGUUGCUGUCGAGCCUGGCAAUUCGUGGUUCGCUACUGGUGCUGGUGACCGUAUCAUCAAGAUUUGGGACUUGGCAUCGGGAAGAUUGAAGCUGUCGCUGACGGGUCACAUUGGACAAGUUCGUGGAUUGGCAGUGUCACCACGACACCCAUACCUGUUCUCGUGCGGUGACGACAAGUUGGUCAAAUGCUGGGAUCUGGAAACCAACAAGGUCAUUCGACACUACCACGGGCAUCUCAGUGGUGUCUAUGCCCUAGCCAUCCACCCCACUCUGGACGUCCUUGUCACCUCUGGUCGUGAUGCCACCGCUCGCGUGUGGGAUAUGAGGACAAAGCAGGCAGUGCACGUUCUCUCAGGACACACAGGAACAGUCAGUGCAGUCAAGUGUCAGGAAGCAGACCCACAGGUCAUCACAUCUUCAAUGGAUAGCACUGUCCGUCUGUGGGAUCUGGCUGCAGGAAAGACUAUGACUACACUCACACAUCACAAGAAGAGUGUCCGUGCCAUGGCCUUGCAUCCUACAGAGUUCACCUUCUCGACCGCCAGUCCUGAUAACAUCAAGCAGUGGAAGUGUCCUGAGGGCCAGUUUAUGCGCAACUUUGAGGGUCCUGAAGGUGUCACUGGAGGCGGAGGCAUCGUCAACGCCAUGGCUGUCAAUGCCGACAAUGUUAUGUUCACUGGAGCUGACAAUGGAGCAAUGGGAUUUUGGGAUUGGAAGUCAGGACACCAGUUCCAGAGACUGGACUCGCUUGUCCAGCCCGGAUCGUUAGACAGUGAAGCCGGUAUCUUUUGCGCCGAGUUUGACAAGACCGGUCUGCGUCUUAUUACUGGAGAGGCUGACAAGUCCAUCAAGAUCUGGAAGGAAGACGACCAAGCCACGCCCGACACACACCCUCUGGAUUGGAAACCUUCCUUGAUGCGAAAGCGCUACUAG